AUGGGGAGAAAUGGAGGAACAGGGCUACUCCUCUGCCCAAGAGACAAGAGCAGUUUCUGCAGAGCAGUUGCUCUACAGGAUCAUAUAAUACACAGACAUCAGCUGCAGGAUCUUUUAUAGAGUCCUUCUAAGUCAAGGACAAGGAAUACCAAGAACUUUUACAAACCAUGAAUCAAAGAAAUGGUCAGAAUAAUAGUAGAUACUAGACUAAGAAAAAGGCACAAAAGCAAGGAAGAUGCAGAAAAGGAGCAUCUUCUUGACCCCAGAGCUCCACAGCUGGCAUUAGCCCAGAAAUCAGGAGUAGUUGAGCACCCUUCCUUGUCAUUUCCUGCUGAAAAAUGGGUAAAGAGAUCCCCACAGCAUGGAAAAUCCAUACAGCACUGUGCAAUAUUCAGGAAAGAAUUUGCAGUUCAACCCAGAUCAUGCUUGAAAACCUUUGAAAAAUUUACAGGUAAAAAAUGUAGAAAAGAGCAGUAUCAGACCAGAGUAAUACAUGAUGGGGCAUGCUUAGUUAAAUUGAAUUAAUUAGGUAAAAUUCAAGCCUCCUGGAGGGGAUAUAUUUCUAGAAAAGAGUAUAAAGACUUGAGAGAAGCAGCGGCUCGCAAGGAUAGGAAAUUAAGAAAGCAAUUAUUUGACAGAAAGUUAUUUUGUAUUUGGUUCCUUGGUCUGUUUCCUUGGGGCAAUUCAGCUUCCUUAAACCAGAAUGCCUGA